UAGUGCACGGUCUGCUAUGCAAGAAUUACAGUUGUGGUUAGUGAAUCAAUAUUUGGUAGAAGAAGGUAUUAUAGUUGAAACAAACAAAAUUAUUAAAAGGAUUAAUAUCUCAAUUGUUCGCACUUCAAAUGUUUUGAGUGGUCUUUUUAUUAAAGAAAUUUUGUAUAAAAACAAUGGUCAUUGGAAACUACAGAAUGUAAAUUUAGAUUAUAUGCAUCCAUGUGAAUAUACUACUUUAAUUGCACCGAUACCACAGUAUAACCAUCUUAAAAUUUUAAAGUUAUUUAUUGACCUUUACUAUGAUGAUUUUGGUACAUAUUGGAAUGCCUAUCAUUCUUUAGGCGGAGUCUAUGUGCAACUAGGAAACAUGUCAUUCGAUCAAUUUGAGAGAGGGACACUAAUAAAUGUCCAAGAAAAUGAUUACUGGGUCGUUGCUAGUCUUGAAUGCACUAUAGCAGAUCUUCCCCAAUUUGAGAAUAUUUUUGCAGUACCAACGAUUACACAACAAAAUGACAUUGCCAAAAAAUACAGUCUACAAAAAUGGUUUUCAAUACUUGAUGAACUUCAAUGUAAACAACAUCUCCAGUCACCCCAGGACAUUUAUCAUAUAAUGGCUG